GGAAUUUAUGGACAUCCAUCACAUGAAAAUAGUAAAUACAUUCUUUUAGUAUAUCAAACAAUAGAUACAGAAAAUAUAUCAUAUAAUAAAGAUUCAGAAAUUUAUAAUAAUAAGGAACAAGAAUCAUCAUUCUCUGCAUAUAUUACUUGGUAUUUGUUAGAUUUACUUUUUCAUAUAUUAUUUUAAUAUAUGUGUUUUAAUAUAAUGAUAUAAUAAUUUCUUUAAUUAAUCAUGUUGGAAUAUGAAAACCAAAUAUUUUUGGAAAUACUCCAUGAAGAUGGAUUAGUUAUUAUAGCAAAGGGACUUGGUAUAGAAACAAUAUUUGCAAAUAUAUUAAGAGCUUAUAUAGAUCCUGGAAACUUAAUUAUAGUUUUAGGAACUACAAAUCACGAUGAACAAUAUUUUAUUGAUCUUUUAAAAAAUUAUGGAUUAAAACAAUUACCUCGUGUUGUAACUUCUGAAUGUUCUUCUGAUGAAAGGGAAAUAAUGUAUCUGGAAGGUGGUGUAUUAUUUAUGUCAGGUCCAAUUCUUGUAGUAGAUUUAUUAAAAAAAAGAAUUCCAUUACAUUUAGUUACUGGAAUUCUUGUAUAUAGAGCACAUAAUAUUUUAAAUUCAUAUCAAGAAGCAUUUGCUCUUCGUUUAUAUAGACAAAAUAAUAAAACUGGUUUUAUUAAAGCCUUCACUAAUUCAGCAUUGGCAUUUACUGUUGGAUUUAUGCAAGUAGAACGAGUAAUGAAAGCUUUGUUCGUUAAAAAAUUAUAUUUAUGGCCACGUUUUCAUACUCUUAUAAAUAGUAGUUUAGAAACACAUAAGCCUGAUGUUAUCGAACUACAUGUAAAAAUUACACCUAAAAUGUUAAACAUUCAAAUUUCUUUACUUGAUAUAAUGAAUUAUAUUGUAAAAGAAUUAAAAAGACUUAAUAAAUAUUUAGAUUUAGAUGAUUUAAAUGUUGAAAAUGCAAUAACAAAAAAGUUUCAUAAGCAAUUACAGUUGCAAUUAGAUCCUAUUUGGCAUCAACUUAGUUCUACUUCAAAGCAAUUGUUAUCUGAUUUAAAAACAUUACGUGCUCUUCUUGCAUCUUUAACAUAUGAAGAUAGUGUGUCAUUUUAUUCAAUGUUAAAUCGCUUACGUACUAUGGAAUAUGCUAUAAAAAAUAGUGGUUGGUUGAUGUUAGAUUCUGUAGAUACUUUAUUUAAAAAUGCAAAAGAAAGAGUUUAUAAUGAAAAAAAUGAAUUGAAACCUGAAAGUACUCCAAAAUGGAUAGCACUAACAGAAGUAUUACUUGAAAUUCAGAAUGAUAAUAAAAAAAAAAGUAAUUCUGAAAAAAUCCUUAUUUUGGUACAUGAUCGUAAUAUUUGUUAUCAACUAAGAAAUUAUUUAAUUAUGGGUGCCAAUGAAUAUUUACUUUAUGAAGCAAUGAAAAAACUUUCUCAUAAAGAAAUACAAAACAUAAGUGAAACAAGUGUGGAAAAAGAAAGUACAUCUACAAUUGAAGAUAAUAAUGAAGAACAAGAUACUUAUGUAUUAACAUUAUCUCAAAAAGUUAAAGAAGAAAAUCAAUCUGAUUCACUAAUCAAAGAAGAAAUCAAACAUCAAACUUUAUUUGAAGAAUGCUCACAAAUUGCAAAUUUAGAUUUAACAAAUAUAAAUGAAAAUAUGCCUAUUAUUCUGAUACAAUCUUUAAAAAAAAAUGGUGAUCCAAUGGCAUUACAACGUGCUUUAACAGAACAUAUGCCAAGUAACAUUAUUAUGUAUGUAGCAGAUUUGUCUGCUAUACGACAAAUUGAAGUUUAUCAAAAUAACAAUCCAUCAAUAGAUUUAAAGGUAUAUUUCUUAAUUUAUGGAGGUUCUGUGGAAGAACAAGAAUACCUUACUUCGUUAAGGCGAGAAAAAGAAGCAUUUCAUGCAUUAAUUAAUAGUAAAACUACAAUGGUUAUUCCUGAAGAUCAAGAUGGAAAAACUGAAGAUUGUUUAAGUCUUGCAAUACAAUCGGAUGAAGACAGUGAAAUGAAUACACGUAAAGGUGGAUUGCCAAAAAUAUCUGAAGCUCCUAAUACUGUUAUAGUUGAUAUGAGAGAAUUUCGAAGUGAAUUACCCGCUAUACUAUAUACACGAGGCAUGAAAAUUGAACCAGUAACUUUACAAGUGGGAGAUUAUAUUUUAUCGCCAGACAUUUGCGUUGAGAGAAAAAGUGUCUCUGAUUUAAUUGGUUCCUUAAAUAGUGGAAGAUUGUAUAAUCAAGCUAUUGCUAUGACACGGUAUUAUAACAAACCAAUGCUUUUAAUAGAAUUUGAUCCAAAUAAACCAUUUUGUUUUCAAGGUUAUUACUAUGCUAGUAAAGAUGUUCAAAAUAUGUUCAUUACUUCAAAACUUCAACUUUUGACUUUACAUUUUCCUCGUUUAAAACUUGUAUGGUCACCUGGUCCUCAUGCAACAGCUCAAUUAUUUGAGGAAUUAAAGGGGGGAAAAGAUCAACCAGAUCCAAUAAAAGCUGCACAGAUUGGAGUUGAAGAAAAUAAAGAAAUACCAGUAGAUAAAUAUAAUUCUCGUAUUCAAGAUUUUGUUUCAAAAUUACCUGGAGUUACUACUAAAAAUUUACAUUUAAUACUAAGUAAAGGGCAAUCAUUAGAUCAUCUUAAUAAACUUUCUAAAGAAGAAUUUACUGAAUUACUUGGAAAUAAAAAUGAAGCACAAAUGUUAUAUAAUGCAUUUCAUGAAAAAAUUUCUCUAUUUGAAGAAAAAUCAAGUACAAAUGGUAAAAAAUCUGGAUCUAAAGGUCGCGGGAAAAAAUUGUUUACUAAAAUCAAACAGUAACAUUUUAAAUUAAUAUUUCAUUAUUAUUCAUUUUUUACAAAAUAUUAGUUUAUUAUAUUAUUGUUUGUUAUAUUUGUAUUUG